AUUUUUUGUGGACUCAUUAGUUUGUUUGGCGAUAGUGCCUGCAGAAGGACUCAGGUAACAGCUAAGAAAUCAACUACCCCAAGUCUUUUUACAUAUUUCUGGGAUCCAGAUUUGAACCAUCUUGGGUUGUUUAUGAGAAAGCGCUUCCGCGUUGCUCGGUGUGUGCUCCUCAGGGAGUCCUCGCAGGGUGCUGAAGGAAGGACCGGCUCUGGCCCUUCUUGAAGGGCAAUGGUCUCUCUGGUCCCAGGUGUCAUUCCCCUCCCCGUGCCCUUGCAGCCCUCAGCAGUCAUAGCAGGUCCGGCUACUUUGACAACAGGAGUUGAGCUUCCCCAAACUGCAUUUUGUUGCUGGGGUGCAGGUACAAAUGAUGAUCAGUGUUUUGCCUGGUGUAGCCCAGAUAAGGGACCAGAAAAUGCAGAACCGCUAUUGUGACCUUCAUUUCUGUGGUUUUGUUCAUCAGCUCAACAGUGGGAACACUGAGGAUAAGCAUCUUGAAACCUAGAGUAUGAUGAACUUAUGUUGUCUGUUUAUUUACAGUGAUGAGGAAAAGAUAGAUGUGUAUUGAUCAAGAGCCUAUGGAGAUUAAACCCAUCUUUUUUCAGUUUGCUUAAAUUACAUGUAUGCUUAGGAAUGGAGAAGUAAUCCAGAGUAACUUCUGGAAUGACUCUUCUGAUUCCCAUCCACCAGGUAUUGUUGCAUCCUGGCUUUCCCUUCAGGAGAGAAGUUGCACUUACCCUACCUGCAUCCUUUUUAUAUCUUGCACCACUUUGUUGUUUACAAAUGUUUAGUGCAUACUUUAUGCUUCACCUUAGUAUUUUGGCAUUUUCAUUUGCAGCAAGAGCUUUUCCUACUGAGCCUCUUUAUCCACAGUUGGGAGGAAGAAGAUAGUGCUGCUAAGAAGCAAAAUCAUCUGAGUUACCAGUAGAUUUGGAGCAGUCAUCAGCAAGGAGAUAGUAUUAGGUGCUGGGGAACCCUUGAAUAGAAAGGAAAUUAGAGUUACGGUGAGAGAGAACAGGAGAAGCAGCAGCGUGCCCCCUAAUCAUAGCUGUGAGAAGGUCCUGAAGGAAUGGAGAUGGGCCCAUGACACAUUUGAAGACCUGUGGAAGAAGAGACAUGUAAUAUGUAGGCCAUGAUCUGUUUCUUAGAGAGAGGGACCCAAGGGCAGCAGCGGGACUGACCGGCCUGUGCACCUGAGAAGGUGUUUCUCUGGGUUGGCAGGAGUACAAGAACAUCUAUAGGCAGAAGGAAAGAGAUAUCAAAUGAAGAUGUUUUGAGCAAUGAGAGUAAAGAGGGCAGAGAAAGACAUAUCCUCAAUGCUUUUUUCACUCAUUCAGAAUGAAGAGGAGGAGGAAGAGCAGCUUUCAGCAGGACAGAGCCUGUUUCUGAAGUAUGGUGGUGGGAUCCCGGGCCAAUGAAGAGACCGUAGCGGUGCAUUUUGGCACCAGCAACAUCCAGAGCUGAACGGGGCUGGCUUCUGCUGUAGUGGUAACAUAUGUUCCCGCUUUCACAGCGAGGGAGAUGGGAUUUUGUGAGAUUAGGAAGCUUGUUUAUUUGUAGCUGUAUUUGAUAGUUCUGGAUGGUGGCGCGUUGACUGUCCAAGCUUCCCUGAGAUAACCCAGUUACAGGCAGCAACAGCAUGAGCUUCUCCGUUGAGCCAGAAGUCCAACUGAUUCCGAGUGCAUUGCCAUGGCACAACUAAUGCCACUGACAGCAGCAGCACCCUUCUCUGGGUGAUUAAAAGAAAAAGGUUGUUGCAUCUCCAGGAAGCACCCAGCGCCAAUCAAAUGGCUUCUCUGUAAUAGUCCUAGAAAGGAGAUCAAAGGAGAUAAGAUCAGACUGGAAUGAGAUAGCAUCAGCUAAAGCAAUGGUGCCAGAAUUAACAAUAAGGAAAACAAGCCCAGAUGAAUUCAGUAGGUGUGAAAGUUUCUGGGCCUGUUGCGCUGGUUGCUGCUCAGUCAGCUGUGGAGAAACACACCCAGGAGAAAGCCGUCUGUCCUGCUGGACGGCAGCUUGCUCCAAGAGCUCAUCUCUACUGCUGCCAUGACCUUCAUCUGGAAGGCGACAGGUAACCAUGUGCCUGCUUAAUAGGUCUGGCUGAGCCCAGCACCUACAAAGCCUUUGCUGGAAAAGGAAGGGACUUCCCCGAGGCAGUCUGCAUGUGGAAACGAUCUCCUCCCGCACAGAAAAUGGGCCAGAAGGUCUCACACGAGGACAACCAAGAGAACAAGGCUGAAACUCUGGUCAUCUGUGAAGUCUUCAGCCAAGGUGUGGUCCAUGCAUCUCAAAGGCUGAAGGACUAUCUUGGUUUUGUGGAUCCUCAGAGCAAAUUCCAGCCAGCCACAAGCACGCUGAGCGAGAUCUUUUUGGUCAACUUCAUCAGCUUCUGCGUGGAAAAGGGAGUGGAGAAACAUAUCGUGACCAGCAAAAUGACCAAGCAGCAGUCCUCCCUGUUCGGGGACUGGGUUUGGACUCUGUCUGGAGCUGACAAGCAAACCAAACUUGAGAUGGCUGUUCAGGCUUUACAGCUGGCUGAGCUUUCCUGUAGCGACAGCGGCCCCGCUGAGGCGGUGCAGGGCUGCUGCCGGGACGCCGUGCUGGCAGAUGGGUGCUUCCAAAACAGGAGCAGGUUUGAGAAGCUGGCGGAGUUCUGCCACUUGGUGGGACGGGACUGCCUGGGCUUGUUCAUCAUGUUCGGUGUGCCAGGGAAGCCCGAGGCCAUCCGAGGAGUCAUGCUAGACAGCAGUGCCAAGGAGGAGCAAAAAUGCUGCCUGUUGGGCAGGGAUGCGCUACGGCAAUUUGUCACCAGUACUGACAGCUUCCUGCCCGCAAAAGACAUGCUGGAAAACUGCCUCGGAGCAAAAAAUGGGCCAAAAGAGGUGGGCAACGUGUACGUAAACUUUCUGUAAACCACUGGUUAACGGCAGUGGCUCUCUGCAUGCCAGCACCAGAGGCUCCGUGGGGCUCAGCUCUGCCUCCCUCACUUUUCUUGCAUGCUGUUCCCUCCACCCCCUUAUUUCCCAUCUUCCCCUCCACCCAUCACAUUCCCUUAGCUCCUGCAGAAGCCAGGCUGAGUCAGUCUCUCCAGGUUUUAAAACAACAGGAUGUACCUGCCAGAAAAAUGUGUUUAUAGAAGGCAUGUCAUUUUUCCAGAACAGUUUGUUCGCCAGACAUUAGGUCUUGGCCAGAGCUGAUGAAAGCUUUGUCACCCUGAGCCUUUGGGAGGCCAUGGUAGAUUUGACUCACAGCCUUUGUGUACUGUGUGGCAGAUUUUUUUUUUUCUGCAGUAGGAGGUUGAGUCUGUAAUAAAGAAAAUGUACUGGUGCUGGUCAGAUUUGCACUGAGCGUGAAGGACAGUAUUAGGGCUUAAAAACGCUGGUUUGGAGGAGUGAGCUGGUUCCCAACUGAGAGGAAAACCACUUCCCUGUGAUAGAAAUGGGCUAUAUGAGAAACCUAUUAAUUACCUGCCCCUUAAAAGUAGAUCAGUGCCAGGCUACGGAGGGCCUUGGAGCUGUGCCCAAAAUGCAGGGGUAGGGUUGGUCCCAGCUGCAAAACCUGUUCUUGCUGAGUGGCUGUCUCAGGUCAUUGUGUGGCAAAAGGCAGUGGCAGGUGUUAAAGAAAACUUGGGGGGAAAAUCAACCAGGGAGACAAAAACCUGGCCCUGGAGAUGCUGGUGGGUUUGUGCUUUUCAUGGCAGCAGGGGCAGCUCCUGACCACUGGUGGCAGAGAGCAAAAGUCUGGAGGAGGCAGAAUUAUUUCAUUUUGAAUUUGUUUUCAGUAGCUUAGCAGCUGAUUGUGUUUAGGGACUAAUUUAUUCCAUUUCCCCCAGCUUUUAGUGGACAAAGUGAGACUUUUGGGUUGCACAGUUGUGAUUACUUGCUUUCAGCCACUGUUAACCAGUGAAAGAAGACCUGAUCAGUUUUCAAACUGGUAAACUCACUUUUUGUUCAUAGCUAUCUGAAUAGUUUUGUCAGUGCAAACCUCCUCUACCUGUAGUUUUCUUGUAAUUUUAUUCAUUUUAUUUAACAGAAUAAAAAUAAUUUCAAAAGCUCAUGCAUAUUUUACUAUUUACUAUUUAUUUGAGUUAUAAGAUGGGGCAGCUGCAACAGCUGAGAAAUAAAGGCUGUUCUUUACAGAGCCAUUAAAAAAGGGCAUAAAGAAGCUGCAGCAUCAGUGCCAGAAUUGUUCGCAGCUUUUCCAUGCCGUAGGCACAGAGGCUGAAAGGUGAACUGAAAUAAAAACAUACGGAGAACUGUGACAUUUUUGCCGAAUCACAAAUGUAGAUGGGCAUGGAGAAGGGAGGCCUUUUAGUUUUGAAAUAGUUUAUUGAGAUACAGUUGGUUUUUUUAAAGAGCUAGAGUCAUUGUAUUUUUUGUGUGUAGCAGGGGUUUGAGGCAAUAGUUCUGGUGUUUUACAUAGAAAACAUGCAUAGCUAUGGCGAUAUGUGCAGAGCAGGAGGACUCUACACCUGUUCAGGAAGGUUGGGGGGUUUUUUUGCCUGUUUAAAGUUACAGCAUAACCAAUACUGCAGCAGGAUUGAUUGGUUUAUAAAAGAUCAGCAGAAAAGCUUUAAUUUUGCAUUAAAUUGGUAUCUUAUAACUAGUGUGUGUCUCAAGCUAUUCAGUUCUGUAGGAAUGCUGUCUCUCCUCUGAAAACUGGUUGGGCUUUCUCCUUUGGAUGUUAUGCAUGCUUUUUCAGUGUUGGAAAGGGGAAAAUCAAAAUGUCUUGACUAUAUGGAGUUGGAACUAUGGAAGUUUCACAUUGGGGCAGUUGCCAAUUUGAUUUGUGUUCUCCAAAGUGGCUCUGGUACCUGAGAGAUGUCACGCAGGCUUGGUGUUUAUUCU